AUGUCCGCAAAGUCAACUGGUCUGUCGGCUGAAGAGGUCCAGAGACACCCUGCCUUCAGCACUGCCCAAUGGGAUUUGAAGCCUACGACUUCGGGCUAUGUCAAGGUCGCCGAGUCUCGUCCCGGCGGGCCGUUUCCCAUGUGGUACGAAGUCCACGGCACCGGCCCCAAAAAGGUUGUCUGGAUCAUGGGCCUCGGCGCCAGUCGGACCAUUUGGAAGCGCCAAACCCGCUUCUUUGGACACCAGCAUGCCGAUCAGUACAGCUGCCUCGUCUUCGAUAACCGCGGCGUCAGCAAGUCGGCCAAGCCCAACUGCAGAUACACCACCUCGGAGAUGGCCAAGGACUUGGUCGAGCUGCUCAAGCAGAUUGGUUGGCUCGACAUCGACUCCCCGCACUACCCCCGGGACCUGAACGUCGCGGGCCUCAGCCUGGGCGGCAUGAUCGCGCAGGAGCUCGCUCUCCUCAUCCCCCAGCGCAUCCAGUCGUUGAUCCUCAUAUCCACUGCGCCUCGCCUGAUCCGGACCGUCCACACGCUGGAGCACCUGAAACAGCGAGUCGAGAUGUUCUUGCCAUACGGGGUGGACGCGGAGCUCAACAGCAAAGCACACAGACUCUUCACGCAGAAGUAUCUCGACUCGCCGGACUCCGGAUCCCUCGACCCGGAGACGAAGUUCCCGACCAACCUCGACCGGUUCACGGCGGAGCAGCUGGUCGAGAGGAUGGAGGACACGGAGCUUUCGCGCCGAAAGGGCAUCAUUCUCCAGGCCAUCGCCGCUGGGUGGCAUCACAAGACCGAUGCGGAGCUGGCAAGGAUGGGCGACGGCGUCGGCCGAACUCGCAUCAUGGUGAUGCACGGCACGUUUGACGAAAGCAUCACGUUCCCACACUUUGAGCUGUUCAAGACUGCCUUAGGCGACGGGCCGGAAUACAUCGCCUGGAAGGAUUGCGGGCAUGUCCCGUCAUAUGAGAGAGAGACGGAAUUCAAUGAAGCAGUGAAAGACUUCAUUGACAAGACAGCGGGCCUUCCUGACCACACUUAA